CCUUAAAUGCAGGCAAACAGCAGUUUCCGUAGUAGUUGUCAAUGAAUUCAUUGACUUGACAUUUAGGACGUGAAAAAGUGUGAAAAUCACGUUAAGUUUGUUUAUUCUUGUUUUAAUUCAAUAAAUUAUCUUAUAAUAGUGAAUAAUCAUAAUCUGUGUUAUUAAGAAUCACUUUCUCUCACCAUAUUAUUAUAUAUAUAUGUAAGAGCGGGCUCUACUUCAACAGGUUUGAAAAUCGUUUGUUUUGAUAAAUAAUGGAUUAUUACAAUGGUAAUUCACACGGGGAGAGCUCUCAAAUGGAGCAUACACCUGCAUACAGUCUGUGGAACAGCUCUCAGUACUACAACACCAACGAAUUAAGCCCACGAAACUUUUUCACAUCCAAAGAUGAUCACAUCGAACCUGAAGCUUCUUUUGCUGCAGAAGCGACCCCGAAGAGGGAAAUAUUGCGUGAUAUGUUCAACAGAAGGGUAAUAACGAAAGCUUCGUUAUUGAAGGAACCAGAAUUCUUUACUGAACCUGAGAUAAAAGACCCUGUACAAGAAGAGACUCCAACCCCAGCACCUAUACCUGAACUACUUGAAGAAACCAGCUCAGAACCAAUUUCCGAACCACAGCCUUAUGUGCCUGGAAGAGAAGAAUGGACGGACCAGUACUGGCAACGCUCCGGUAGCACUUUGAAGCCCAAGGGUACUUUACCGAAGGCAGGUAAAGCAAGACGGACCAAGGAUACGCAGUUCAAGGACAAAACGUUCAAGAAAAAUUUCAUAGAUGCGCUGGCGCAGCCACUUAAGAGCAGCAAGGCUGAAAGUAUGAUGCAGAAGAUGGGUUGGCAAGGCGGUGCCCUGGGCAAAGGAGGCCAUGGCAUUAUGGAGCCGAUAGCUCCCAAUAUUCAUUAUGCACAAUCGACCAUCGGCUUUGGCAACCACACGGAGACCCCGGAGCCUCAAACUCCGAAGAAGAAACUCAAGAAGUGCACGUGCAAGAAGCAGAGGACCAGGGUUCAGAUCAAGCGGGACUUUGUGACCAACACGCUGUUAUACAUACUCGAGUUUAUUCGCAACGACUGGGAGACUGAAAUUGUAUUUGAUCCUAAAUUUUCCAGCAAAGAACGCCGAAUGAUUCACCAAUGCGUGAACGACCUGAUCAACGAGUGUGAUGAUGAAAUACACGGCAAUCGGAACAUGGUGAAGAUCACCAGCGAGGUUCAGGAGAAGAUACUCGCUGACAUAAGGCAGUUUAAUAAAUACGCGCUAUACACAGAGAGCCACGGCAUUGGGAAUAAACGACAUCUGUGCCUGUACAAGGACGCCCCGGAGCACGUGUACCUGGUGACCCCCGAGGACUUCAAGGUGGUGGAACAGGAGCAGCCGGUCGUGGAGGUAAUGGAGGAUAAUCCGUUCUUGAAGAGCAUCAAGAGGAACUUGGAUUUAGAAGACGAACUUACAGAACCCGGUGCCAUGGGGAAACUCAUAAAAUACUUCUCGGAAUUCGUCCUGGAAGAUUCCUACACGGAGUUCAGGUUUCUUGGACCGUUUAGCGAAGACGAGUCGGACUGUUUGAACGCGUUUCUGAACGAGGUCGAAGCGGGAAUAGACAAUAGAGGAAAGCUAACGAGGCUGUUCGAAGAUGACAAGUUGAGUUUUGAACUGAGAGAGAAUUGCAAUGGCGGAAUGGCGUAAGUAGCUUUUUUUUACUCAAAUUAAAGUUUUUUCUUUAAAAAUAUUUAGAACGCGUUUCUGAACGAGGUCGAAGCGGGAAUAGACAAUAGAGGAAAGCUGACGAGACUGUUCGAAGAUGACAAGUUGAGUUUUGAACUGAGAGAGAAUUGCAAUGGCGGAAUGGCAAUACACAAACACAAGAAAGACGCGAAUGCUUAAAUCAUUUCAUUCGAAUAUGUAGCGGGAGCGACGUUUCGGGCUCGAUCGCCACAAAGGGAAGAUCUUCCGCCAGGCUAUUAUUAAGUUUGAUGUAAUCACACAGAAAUUAUUAUUAGAUCUGCCUCCGUAGCAUGGUACGCGCGAUGCCGUUUUUAUCGCGCGAUAUGCUAUCGCUAUUUAUUUUAUGUAUAAAAUUCUCGUGUCACAAUGUUCGUUCCCGUACUCCUCCGAAACUGCUUGUACGAUUCUCAUGAAAUUUUGUGAGCAUAUUGAGUAGGUCUGAGAAUCGGCCAACAUCUACUUUUCAUAUCCCUUAGGGAUGAGGGAUGUCCACUCUUAACUAGAAAUUACUCAAAAAUUAUUUUUGUUAUUUAUAUGGCAAAACAACGUUUGCCGGGGACAGCUAGUAUAUAUAUUAUAUAUACAUAUAUAUAAUAUAUAUACUGUAUUAUAUAUACCUGUAUUAUAUAUAUAUAUAUAUAAUACAGGUAUUAGACGCUAGAAAGCGUAACGUACCUUAAUUUUGUCUCAGUCGUUUCGUAUCAUGUUACAAUGAUCCGUGGUCAGCGAGAGACGUGAUGAUGUGAACAAGAUUCGAAACGUCCGAGAUAAAAUUAAGAUACGUUACGUGUGCGUUUAAUACCUAUACUAUUAAUAAUUAGUAUAAUGCAACGCGAAAGUAAAAAAAAUAACUAUUGCUGUUUCGGUUUUUAAUACCUGUAUUAUUCAUAAUAAGUACAUAUAAUGGAACGCGAAAGUUAUAAAAAAUAACUAUCACUGUUUUACGUGAAACGAGACAGCGACAGUUUAUUGCGCGAUAAAAACAGCGUCGCGCGUGUCAUGCAGAACUUUUUAAAUAAUCCUACUUGGUAGGAUUUUAAAAUUGAAAAGCAUACCUUUUUUUGUACAAAAGUUAUAAAUUAUAUACUACUCGUAUAUGUAUAAUUAAGCUAAGAUAAUACACAAAAGGCCUUAUCGCAUUAUGCAAUCUCUUCCAGGCAACCACAAGAACAUUUUUUUUUUUGUAAAUAGAGAUUUUCUGAGAAAUGUUAAGUAGAAGGUACUCCUAGAGCGUCGAUGGUCGAAUCGGUUAGGUUAAAAUGCGUGAUGCGUAAAAAAAGGUACAUGUUCAAAUCCCACCUCGGCCAUGCACCAAUGACUUUUUUCGAAGUUAUGUACAUUAGUUUGAAUACUAACCGAUGCUCUUGCGGUGAGGGAAAACAUCGCGAGGAAACCUGCACAUUCAGGCAACUGGGUGUGUAACAAUGUGAUUCAAUACGGGUUAGGUUCUCCUGCAAAGGUGACCCCGGGCUCCUCUCCAGAGUGGUGAGGAUGCAACCGGGACUAUAGCCAGGAGGAAGAAGAAGACUCCUAAACAUUUUUGAUAUUUUUUUUUUAGAAAUUUUUAACAGUAUAAGAAAUAUUCCCGUGAUGUUGGCAGAAUUGUCGAACGAUUGUUAGUUUUGGAUGGAAGAAAUAUUGUGGAAUUAAUGUGUUCCUAUGUUAACAUAGAAUUGUUUUUUGUAAAUAAAAAUAUAUCGAUGUUAUCGAUAAACAAUAAAGCUUGGUACAAGUACCAACAGCUGUACUAGAAAUAAUUACUUUUUAUGUGACACCGAAAAAUUAACAAGAACAGCAAGUUUAUACAUUUCCUAAGGAGGUUAUAAACUUUCGUAAGGUUCUAAACUAGAGAUGAAUUGUAUUAUCUUACGUCUACAUGUUUGCAAAUUAAUCAAUUUGCGUCGUCUCGUGGUAAAUUUAUAAACUUACAGAUUGGUAAGAUUCUAAACGGUUCAACCAAUUUCAUCUCUCGUUUAGAAUCCCACAAUAGUUUAUAUGUUUUUGGCAUAAUUAAAAUUUUUUCCUAGGAAGUUUAUAAAGUAGCUGUUUUUGUUAUUUUUCUGUGACAUAUGCAUAAUUAUAUAAUUGAAACUACAGUCAACGACAGAGAAACAUGAUUCCCAAAACAAAACGAUACCAUAGGAUAGGGAUCUGGUUUGUCGUUGACUGUAAAAUAGGGUAUUAAAAUAAACACCAAAUGUAUAGAAUAUUGUAAAGGUAUAAUAUUAUUACUUAUUAUUAUUCCCGUAUGUGUUAAGUUCCCCUGCAAAGGUAGCGGAGGUCAGACGGGAGUCGCUUUGUGUAAAAACCUGACUCACUCAAUCCAGGGUCGUGGUCAUUAGACGUACAUCGAAGGGUAAAGGGUCUGGGUCUCAUAAAGCGUUAAUUUAAAAUGGAAAUGUUUUUGGCAUAAUUAUAAUUUUAUAAGUGCACAUGCGCAAAAGGUCUCUUUCGCCUCCAUCUCAUCAUCAUCUCAUCCUCUAGCCUCCAUGUAAUUUCGAAACUUGUUUGUGCUUGCGCAUCCUUGAAGUGUCAAAUUCAAGGCUACUUAUUUGCCGGGUGCUAUAUGUUAUAUUAUGUAUGGAUCUAGUUGUCAGUUAUCCCGCUAGAGGCGCGCAAUGUCAAGGUAUAAAACUGGCCUAAAAUAGAA